GUUUUUAACAUUUCGUUUACAUAUUCGUUUUCUUCUCUCUCUCUUUUCUUUUAAAGUGCAAUGUCUAUUAUAGCUCCAGAUCCAAUUUAUUCCUAUCUGCCCAAUAUGUCAGAUCAACAAAGGUCGAAUGCAAGUUCACGAAGAACUUCAACCGCAACCAUAGUUCAUCAUUCGUCUAAAGACAGAAGACGAAGCUCAGGAACUUUAUCGACACAUUCACAACAACAAAAGCCAAAGAAAUGCAUUGGAGAUUAUGUUGUUGGUAAAACGCUCGGGAAAGGAGCAUCAGGACGAGUUAAAUUAGGAGUUCAUAAACAUACGGGUGAACAAGUUGCAAUAAAAAUCAUUAGUAAAGCACACUUAGCAGCUAAUCCAGCAAUUGAAAAAGCUGUUAAAAGAGAAAUCGCCAUUAUGAAGCUUAUCCAUCAUCCUAAUGUUAUGUCACUUAUAGAUGUUAUCGAUGACCCAGCUUCUUCUGAUUUGUAUCUUAUAUUAGAAUACAUUGAAGGUGGAGAAUUAUUCGAAUAUCUUGUUAGUAAAGGUCGACUUGAAGAAACAGAGGCAAGACAUCAUUUUCAACAAAUUAUAUUGGGUUUAGAUUAUUGUCAUCAUCAUUUAAUUUGUCACCGUGAUUUAAAACCAGAAAACUUGUUAUUGAGUUCAAGGAACAAUAUCAAAAUUGCCGAUUUCGGCAUGGCAUCAUUGCAACCUUUAGGAUCAAUGCUUGAAACUAGUUGCGGAUCCCCACAUUAUGCUAGUCCUGAAAUUGUUGCUGGUAUGCCAUAUAAUGGUUCAACGUGCGAUAUUUGGUCUUGUGGAGUGAUUCUAUAUGCUCUAUUGACAGGACAUCUUCCAUUCGAUGAUGAGAACAUUAGACAACUUUUGAAAAAAGUAAAAUUAGGAAAAUACAUUAUGCCUGAUAAUAUAUCGUUUCAAGCACAAGACCUUAUUCGUCGCAUCCUUGUAGUUGAGCCAUCCAAAAGAUUAAAUAUGCGACAAAUCAUGUCACAUCCAUGGUUUCGAGAAACAGAACCAGCAAACAUAGCUAGCCUUCCUAUUCCUCCCACAGAAAAUGAAAUUGGACAACCUGUAAGUGAUGCAUCUGAAAUUGAUGAUCGCAUUUUGGAAACAAUCAAAUUCUUAUGGGGUGAAUCUAACAAGGAAAAUGUAAUUAAUGCAUUAAUUCGAAAAGAACACAACAUGCAAAAAGUUGUUUAUGUAUUAUUACAACAACAUGCAGAAAGAUAUUGGCAAACAGAUCAUCAUGAUGAAUCUGAUGAAGAAAUAGAUAAUACUCUCCGACGUAGGUAUAGAUCUAUUGGACAACGAAAAAGCUUUUCUGCAGUUGAAGCACAUACUUCUAUUAGGGCGCGAAAGAGUUAUACAUCUGGAGCACGCUCUAUAACUCCCUGGGUGACAUCUGAAGCACAUAUAAAAAAAGAAGUCUUACGUCGACAUUCAGCUGCAACCAUUCGAACACCUCACUUCUUCACAGAUGAAUUACCUACCAGUCCUCCAUUGCCCAUGUCCAUUUUAGAUGAAAAGAAAUCCAAGAUGAAAAGCAGUAAUACAAUUUAUACACGAUUUGUCAAAAAUGUUCUUCUUUCACGUAGACAAAGUAAAGAUUCUGGAGUUAUUAGUUUAGAAAAAUGUGAACCAGACAGUAAACAAACUAAAACACCAAAAGAUUCUUUAACUUCUAAGCCAACUACUACUACUACUAAUAAUAAUAAUAAUACGACAUUGGUAGGAACAUUUCGACUUAAGAACCCAUUUCAUCGUGCACCUAUUCAUUCAAAUGAUUUCACUAAUUCUUCCAACUCUACUACUUUAUUUAAAUCAAUAAGUCGCCCUAAAAGCCAUAUACUGCAACGCAAUAAAAUUGAUCCUACUGAAGAAGAAGAAGAAGAAGAAGAGGAAGAAGAAGAAAGAGAGUUAUGUCAAAAAUGUAAGCCAAGCAAGUCUGCCACAUUGGUCUCUAAAGGACUAUCUCUUCGUAAUGCCUUACGGAAUGACGCUACUUCAUCUAAUGAUACUAAAAAAUUCGGCCUCACAUUAGGUUCUGUACAACGUAAGCAAAGGAAACAACUUGAUCUAUCCAUCUUCCAACAGCAUUCCGAUCUAAUAAUUCCAUCUACUGAGCAUAAACAGUCAAAGCAGUCUAAAACAACGCCCCAUGAUUUCGGUCUAUUGCCUCCACCUACCUUAUCUGAUGGUAGUACAUUAAGUAGUAGUAGUAGUAGCAAUACAUGCUCGAGCACACACAGUAGCUAUUAUCCAAUCACAGGGAAGUCUCAUGUUAAGGUGAUGAUGGCAAAUAAAAGAAAUCCAUCCGAUUUAUCUAGUAGUGAAGCAUCGUUUAAAUCUGUCAGUCAACAGGGGAGUCCCAUAAACACAGAUAUACUUCAGCCUACAACAACUAAUUCACUUUCUAAUCCUUCAUCGCAUGAUACUUUAAUCAGCAAAGCCUCGUGGCUAAAUCAACUCUUCUUUUUCAAGCAACCUAAAGUAUGUUCACUUGUUGUUUAUAGCACUCAUAAAUCCGAUAUUUUAAGAACGUUACAUCGUUUAAUGAAUAAGAUGACAGAUACUCGAUUUUAUGAAAAAUAUGAUCGUACAGACACUGCGAGAUAUAAAGCCGAAAUAAAAACUAAACCCCAAGAAGGCAUAAAAUGUAGGCAAGUAAAAUGUAGAAUAGAUCUCAUUACAGGUGACCCAUAUUGUGUUAUUGUCCAGUUCACUCAACAACAAGGAGAUGGUGUACUUUUAAGUUCAAUUAUUCGUAAAUUACAUGAAGCUGUUUUAAAGGAAUUUCCUUGUCCUUCUAAUAUUUGCUGUAAAUCGUCUGCUUCCUUAAUUGAAGAUUAGCUAAUUCUCCCCUUCUUUUUUUUUUUUCUUUUUCUUUAUUACUUGAUUUUUAAUGAGUAGUAAUCGUAAUCAUAAUAAUAAAUAUUUAUUUUUUAAAUUUGGAAUAU